GAACAAUGAGUCUCACCGUCUUCACUCUGCGUUCUUUCCUCCGCGACAAACUGUGAUCAAACCCUAGGCGGAUAAUACGAGAACGAUGGAGCUCAAGCCUGGCCUAUCAGCUUUGGUCACCGGAGGCGCCUCUGGAAUCGGCAGAGCUCUUAGCUUGGCUCUCGCACAGAAGGGAAUUUUUGUUACUGUUGUUGAUUUCUCUGAAGAGAGGGGAAAGGAAGUUUCAUCCCUUGCUGAAAAGGAGAACGCCAAAUUUCAUCCAAAGUUGGAAUUUCCGACUGCUAUGUUUAUAAGAUGUGAUGUUUCAAAUACAAGAGAACUGAAUGCUACUUUUAAAAAGCACUUGGAGACAUAUGGAGGCUUGGACAUAUGCAUUAACAGUGCAGGCAUUGGAAAUCCAGUGCCAUUCCAUAAAGAUCAAACUGAUGGUUCUGGUUCUGGUUCAUGGAGACAAACUAUAAAUGUGAACCUUAAUGCAGUGAUAGACUGCACACGCCUUGCGAUUCAAGCAAUGCAAACUGCACAGAAGCCUGGCGUAAUUAUAAACCUUGGGUCUGCUUCAGGACUUUAUCCAAUGUAUAACGAUCCGAUCUACUCAGCCUCCAAAGGGGGUGUGGUACUAUUUACCAGAUCACUUGCUCCUUACAAGCGUCACGGAAUUCGUAUUAAUGUACUCUGCCCGGAGUUUGUUGAAACUGAGUUGGCUGCAAAGGUGAGUUCUAAGUUUAUUGGUCUAAUGGGAGGAUAUGUUCCUAUGGAGAUGGUGGUGAAAGGUGCCUUUGAGCUUAUCAGUGAUGAGAGUAAGUCUGGAUCCUGUUUAUGGAUUACUAAACGUAGAGGCAUGGAAUAUUGGCCAACUCCUAUAGAAGAAGCAAAGUAUCUGGUGCAUUCUACAAAAUUGAGAAGAAAAUCUUCGUUCACAGUCCCACUGAAUGUGCAAAUUCCGGAGAGCAUCGAUAAGAUAAUUGUUCACACGCUGAGUCACAAUUUCCGUAGUGCUACAAGCAUAGUGCGCAGGCCGUUGAGAUUACCAGUCAAACCAGAUCAUGUCCUUUUGAAAAUCAUAUAUGCUGGUGUUAAUGCUAGUGAU